GGAGCAACCAACCUGAGCCUUUAAAACAAACCGGCAGCACAGACACACACACACAUGACGUACAGAGCUGCUGAGCGCUGAGGGAACUCUGGUGAGCUUCGCAGCAGAGCUGAGACAGAAGACACAGGGAGACAUCUGUAAAGCUCACUGAAGGAGGAGUAGCCUGGGACGUCCCAAGACGGAGCUGAAGGAGUAGGGAUAGAACAGACCAGAUCUUUGCCCCCUCCUGCAAACUUUCACCUCCAAACUCUUGUCCGUCUGUCCCCACCCCCUCCAGCCAAACCCUCAGCACACUGACUGAAGCCACACAUUGUCCAGUGUCCAGAGGAUCUAACAGACAUAGAGGUUGUCUCUCCCAUCCCCAGAGGGUCACCAGCGGUACCGAUGGAAGCAGCAACCCUCGCUGAGAUGGGAGACUUGUGUCAUCCCCGGUCCUCCUCUCCAGAGGGGGAAACAGUGUGUGCGGCUCUAGCCCGUUAUGAGAACACUCUGCAGGACGCCAUCAGGGAGAUCCACUUGGACGUCAGUGCUUUUAAGCUGGGCAUGGAGCGUCGUCUGGAGGAGACGGCCAACGUGAGCGGGCCUCUAGCACGAGCAGUGGUUCAGCUCCAGCAAGAGAACCGGCAGCUCAGGAGUCAGCUGGAAGCUUUGACCCAACAGGUGGAGCUCCUGAGCGGGAUGACAUGUGACAGGAGCACCCUGUCGAACAACAACCACAACCACAGUCUGAACCACAAGAAUCACCUUAAUGAUAUUCAGGAGAACCAUCAGGCGAUUACAGAGGUGGUGCAUGGGAAGGGUCAGGCUCACACUCAGAGCCAGGCUCAGCUCCACAUCCAGCCCUGCACCCUAGGGAGCCAAGCCCAGACCUACAGCGGCCUCAGCGGUCAGUCGAGCCCUGCAUCGCCCCCUGCCACUUUCUCAUCCUCCCCCAGUUCCAGCAGUCCUCCUGCUGGCUCCAGAGUUUCCUCCAUGCUGACAGGCCCAGUGUCCAGCAGCAGCCCCUCCACCACUCGCUUCUCUAGCCGAGCCACGUUUGCUGUGUCCAGCAAGACGAACAGCAUUGAGCGAGAAGAGCCAAUAGAAGUGGACCCCGCCCCCACACAUGCAGGCCUGGAGAAUGGUCACGCUGCCACAACAGAACAUUCAAUGUUGGUACACGGAGAGAUCUCUCCACCCGUUGAUUUCCCACACGAGCACACAGCCCCUGUCGCCAUGCGGAUGCCUCACCUCCCCAUCACCGCCACAACCAAGACAGCGGAGCUCAAGGGCUCUCCCAACUCUCCCAACUCUCCCAGCAGUCCCGUUGAUUCUCGGUCCUCCCCUGUCUUUGAGGCCUCGUCUCCUGGUCAGUCAACUACAACAUUCAACCAGCCUCAACCAAUAGAAGAGUCUUCACUUCAAUCAGUAUCUUCUGUGAAGACAUGGACCCCUACACCUAUCAGAGCCCUCGGAUCCCCCCGCCUUCAGGAGAAGGCAAGUUCAGCUCCUGUUAAGUCAGUGACCUACUCAGGGUUACAGCAGCAUGAUAGAGAUGGUGAUAUAAACAGUGACAAGACCUAUGGACAGGUAGGAGAGAGGAGGAGGGAACUAGUGAGGUCACAGACUCUGCCUCGUAACAUUGGUGCUCAGGCUCGUCGAUCUAUUUUUGAAAGACUCGACUCUGAAGCAACUAACAGCCGUCCCAAACCAGUGGAGUCCAAAUCCAAACUAAAGCGGUCUCAGAGUUUUGGGGUAUCCAGCGCCAGCAGCAUCAAACAGAUCCUUCUGGAGUGGUGCCGAUCCAAGACCAUAGGCUACCAGAACAUCGACAUCCAGAACUUCUCGUCCAGCUGGAGUGACGGGAUGGCGUUCUGUGCCCUCGUCCACUCCUUCUUCCCCACUGAGUUCGACUACACCAUUCUGUCGCCCGUCAACCGUAAACACAACUUUGAGCUGGCCUUUGGAACUGCAGAAGUGAAGGCCGGCUGCGAUCGGCUGAUUGAGGUGGACGACAUGAUGAUCAUGGGUCGUAAACCAGACCCCAUGUGUGUUUUCACCUAUGUCCAGUCCCUCUACAACCACCUGCGCAAGUUUGAGUGAAGCUUAAACGUCAGGGAUCCACGGUUCUCCUUUUACACUCAAACUAUUUCAGCCUCCACCUGCAGCAGUUGGUUCUUCCUCCUUACCUCUCAGCUGGAUGGAGAUACAGAGCUGGUUUGGUAGCACUUUGAAAAGACUAUGCUGUCCCCUGGUGGUGGAUUAGUGGACACUCCAAACGGUGCAGAAAAAAUGCUCACAGAUGGGAAAAUGUCUCGUGGGGGGAACAUAGUGUGUGUGUGUGUGUGUGUGUGUGUGUGUGUGUGUGUGUGUGUGUGUGUGUGUGUGUGUGUGUGUGUGUGUGAGUGUGUACAGUCCAAUACUGUUUUUUUGUAUGUGUGUAUCUGUGUGUAUGUAGAUGAGAUAUAUUGGGCAAAGAGUUGUAAUGUUGAUGUGUUGUGUAAGUCGCCACAAAAUGUGUGUCUCAAUAUUAUCCUUUUACACUGCAACAAUAGAAUUGAUGCUUCAAUUUUGUUGAAAUUGUUUGUGACACUUGACUAUGAAUUGCCUCACAAUUAUGUAAAAAAAACACCCACACAUGGGAAAGAAUAUCUUAUGACAAAAAAAAAUCAAGGAUUGCUGACUGAUAUUUACAUCCACAAAUGCUUUGAUAUUGUAUCACUGAGAUGGGGGUGAGAUACAGGAAAUGAAAUUAAUAAA